AUGGAGGCGAGGAAGUUCAACUGGCGGAGAUACUCUGCGCCAGUUGCCAUCGCCAGCAUGAUCCUAGCGGCCCUCUCCGUCGUCCUCUACUUCAACAUUCGUGAAUAUCUCGCUGUUCGAGAUGGGGCCAACUUGCCGAGGGUCACUGUCGAUCUCGGCUAUGCGAGGAAAUCUGAGAUGGCGAGCACCUCAAGAUCCCGAGCCGAAAGAGGGCACGACAGAUGCCAUCGAUGUCAAGACGAGGACUGCUUAUACGCCAACGUCUGGUCACCAACAAACACGACGGCCGACUCGAAGCUUCCUGUAUGGUUGUUCAUUCAAGGCGGUGGUUACACCUCGAAUGCCAAUCCCAACUGGAACGGCUCUCAAGUUGUCGAUGUCUCGGGCAAGAAUGUCGUCUUUGUAAACUUCAACUACAGGGUCGGACUGUGGGGGUUCCUGGCGAGUGACCGGGUUCGAAAAGACGGCGAGCUGAACUUUGGCGGUGACCCAAAUCAUGUAGUUAUCCACGGCCUCUCAGCCGGAGCAGGGUCGGUCGCCCUCCACCUCGCAGCUUACGGCGGACGCGACGACAAGCUCUUCAUCGGCGCCAUGUCCGAGUCGGUCUUCUUUCCCGCGCAGCCUCGUGUUCCGGAGCUCGAGUACCAGUUCAACCAGACGCUGGCUAAGGUGGGCUGCACAGAUGACAAGGACCAGAUGGGUUGUCUGCGCGGUAAAGACAUCAAAGCGAUCCAGGACGCCAAUAUCGCAUCGCCGUUUCCGGGGAGGACGGCAAACCCGCACUUCUACUGGACUCCAUGUAUAGACGGCGACAUUCUGCAAGAUUACCCGUACCGUCUCUACGAUAAGGGUUCCUUCAUCAAAGUCCCCGUCCUCUUUGGGACAGGAAGCAACGAGGGAUCCGUCUUCGCCGCCAACGUCGCGACCCAAGACGAGUUCGUCUCCUUCAUGACAGAUAAUUACCCCAAACUCACAAAGAACGAAACCGACCCGAUGCUGCAAAAGUACCCCCUGUUGCCGCCACUCCCGAACCACAACGUCUGGUUCCCGUCCACCAGCCAAGCCUACGGCGAGACGACCUUCAUCUGCCCCGCCAACACCAUCAUGAACGCCUACGCGGCCGCCAACCGCUCCGGGACGAGCUGGUCCUACCGCUUCAACGUCCAGGACAACGACAACACGGCCUCCGGGCUCGGCGUCCCGCACGUCUUUGAGGCGCCCGCCGUCUUUGGCAUCGACGCGUGCCCGACGCCCGACAGCUUCCGGACGUACAACAAACCCAUUGUCUCGCUGAUGAUGAAGUACGUCAUCUCGUUUGUGCGCGACCUGAAUCCCAACACGUACAAGCUCGCGGGUGCGCCGGACUGGGGCGAUUGGGGACGAAAUCAGUCGCGGUACGUGUUUGAGUUGAAUAAGAACCGGAUGGAGAAUGUCGAUGAUGGGCAGAGAGAUCGGUGUAACUUUUGGAAGGGGAUCGUGGAGGUCAUGGAGCAGUGA